AUGUUGAACGGAAUAGAUAAUCUGUACACAGUAAGUGUAUCGGCGCCUGGGAAAGUGAUUCUUCAUGGAGAACAUUCUGUUGUGUAUGGGAAGACUGCUGUUGCCGUUAGUCUGGGACUCAGGAGCUCUAUUGUAAUAAAGGAAGUAAAUUACCACGUGGAACCUACAAUCAGAAUACAUUUACCUUGCGUCGGACUAGAAGAAACAUUACCAUUGGGUUUAACAGUGAAUAGUCUCUUUCAACCCAAGCUAGCAUCAGGCAUUACCGGCAAAUUCUCAUGGAAAAUCCCAGACAAACUAGACCAUGAAAACCAUUUAAGACGAGUCGACGAGUUCCUACAUAUAAUCAAACCAAAUUUCGACUCGUUACAAAACAAUCAGAAAAAUUCUCUUCGAAGUUUCUUGUACGUAUUCUCUGGAAUCUUUGGCAGUACAAGUUUGCCUGUUAAAUCUAUGGAAAUAUCGCUUGGAUCGGAAUUGACAAUUGGUGCGGGAACCGGCAGUUCCGCCUCGUUCGCCGUGUGUUUGGCCGGUGCUUUGAUCCAGUUGCUGAAGUUGAAAAUGUCUUCGGGGUACGACGCAUUCUACGAUCAAAGUAGUGACCAGUUCAAUCUCUCGGAGAAGGAAAUCAUAUCAGAAUGGGCGUACAACUGUGAAAGGAUAAUGCAUGGAUCUCCUUCAGGUAUAGAUAACGCGACCUGCACUUUCGGUUCCUUGGUUGCCUUCAAGAAGGGCAGCAAGCCCCGUCAUUUAAACAUUAGGAUGGACCUGCGAGUGCUAUUGGUGGACUCCCGCGUGUCUAGGGAGACGAGGGCUCUCGUGGUGAAGGUAGCAGCUCUUAGGCAGAGGAACACGGCAGUUGUGGAUAAUAUCCUUGAUGCAUGUGAUAAUAUAGCUCACACAGCCACACAGGUUUUGGAAAAACUCUCCAGUGGCAAGUGUGAAAUUAAUACCGAAGCCGAAUAUCAGCAUUUAGCGGAACUUUGGGACAUGAACCAUUGCCUGCUUUCUGCGUUGGGAGUUUCGCACCCAGCGUUAGAGACUAUUCGAAGUCUUGCGCGUGCCAAAGGGCUCGCGUGUAAGCUCACCGGCGCCGGCGGUGGAGGCUACGCUAUGGUACUAAUUCCACCGGCGACUCCUCGCACCACGGUAGACUCGCUCUCAGGACAACUGUUAGAAAACGGUUUCAGAGUGAAAGAGACGAGACUCGGCGGCCGCGGCGUCUCUAUUGAGAUGUGA